GUGAGCUGAGAUCCGGCCACUGCACUCCAGCCUGGGCGGCAGAGCGAGACUCCGUCUCAAAAAAAAAAAAAAAGAACCAGUAAAAAGGAACCAGUGAGGACUACAAGUUUCGCAAUCAGCCACCCACCCUGAACAACAGUUUUGUCUCCCCUCCUGUCCAUUGGGGUCCCCACUUCCCGGAACUCUGAGCUGAGUGAUGUCAUAGAUGGAUUACCUCACUAGAGCCAAGGAAGCGGGAAUUUCAGAGACAUGGGGGAGGGAGAGGGAUGUCUGUCUACCGCCCCAACCCCCCAUGUCUGUGGUGAAGUCGAUCGAAUUAGUGCUGCCCAAGGAUGCAAUCUACCUGGCUGGCUCCAGCAUAAAAGGGAAGAUGAUUUUAACCCUGAACAGCACCCUGGUGGACCCCAUAGUGAAGGUGGAGCUCGUGGGAAGGGGUUACAUUGAGUGGAGUGAAGAAGCCGGGGCAUCCCGCGAUUAUAGCAGAAAUGUUAUUUGCAACAACAAGGCAGACUACGUGCAUAAGACAAAGACAUUCCCAGUGGAGGAGAUGGCGUCUCACUCUGUCACCCGGGCUGGAGUACAGUGGCACGAUCUUGGCUCAUUGCAACCUCCGCCUCCCAGGUUCAAGCGAUCUUCCCACCUCAGCCUCCCGAGUACCUGGAACUACAGGCUUCCUUCUACCUUCAGCAGCAAAUUUGGCCAUGUCUUCUACUUCGUACAAGCUUCCUGCAUGGGCCGGGAACACAUUUUAGCCAAGAAGAGGAUGUACUUAUUGGUUCAAGGAACUUCCACCUUCCACAAAGAAACCCCAUUGCAGAACCCCUUGUUGGUGGAGGCCGAGGAGAAAGUCUCCUACAACUGCUGCCGCCAGGGCACCAUCUGCUUGCAAAUCCAAAUGGAAAAGAACACCUUCACGCCGGGAGAGAAGGUUGUCUUCACAACAGAGAUCAACAACCAGACCAGCAAAUGCAUCAAGACAGUCAUAUUCGCCUUGUAUGCUCACGUUCAGUAUGAGGGCUUUACGCCCGGCGCGGAGAGGCGGUCUCGGCUGGACAGCAGCGAGCUUCUGAGGCAGGAGGCCAACACCCCCAUGACCCGCUUCAACACCACCAAGAUCGUCAGCACCUUCAACCUCCCACUGCUGCUGUCCGUCAGCAGCAGCACACGGGACGGGGAGAUCAUGCACACUCGCUACGAGCUGGUCAUCACCGUGCACCUGCCCUGGUCCCUGACCAGCCUCAAGGCCAAGGUUCCCAUCAUCAUCACCAGCGCCUUGGCGGACUCUGCCAGCUGCCAGUCGUCAGAGGACGGAGUGUUACCCGUGAGCCCAGAUCACCAGAAUUAAGUGCCCAAACUUUGAAAUAUUAAAAGCUGUAUUAGUCUCUACCGGGAGGAAGCUCUCUGUCUUGCACAGGUGACUCUCAGAUGAGUCGAGGCGUGGGCAACACGUUGUCUGCAGCCUCCCCGAGCUCUAGCGGUUUAGGUAUCCGUGUCUCCCGUCUGUAGAACUAUCACCAAAUGCCUGGAAUGGACCAAGGAAACUGGGAAGGUCUCCCAGGACCCAAAUCCGGCCUAGCCCGCCUUUUGCACCCUGAGUCUGCCCCGCCUACUGGGGUCUCACAGUGCCAAGACCAGGGGUCCUACUUGGGGGGAAUUCUCCCCUUUGCUAAUGUCUGGCUGUAUUGACCAUCACAACUGCAGGGGAUCGGGGGAGAAAAGAGUCCUACUGGCGUGGAGGGGGUGGAGGCCAGGGACGCUGUUCAGCACCCUGCAGUGUCCAGGACGGCCCCCCACAAUCAGGAAUUGUUUACCCUGAAUGUCAACAGCACCAAAGGGGCUGGGCAUGGUGGCUCAUUCCUGUAAUCCCAGGACUUUAGGAGGCCAUGAUAGGAGGAUCAUUUGAGACCAGGAGUUUGAGACCAGCCUGGGCAACAUUGUGAGACCCCCAUCUCUACA